GCGCAGGCCCAGUCCCAGUCGCAGCCCCAUCCGCAGGCGCAGCAGCUGUCGCAGCAAGCCAUGUCCCGCUUCCCCUCCAACAUUGACGCCCACCUCCGCCCACUUGGACCGCAUCGCUUCCAGCAGCCGCCACCGUCGCUGCUCCAGACCCAGCCCCAGGCGCACUCGCAACCGCAGCCGUCCCCGCAGCAACAGCAGGCGGCGCAGGCUAGGGGCCGGAGCCCCGAGGUGGAAAUGGCGCUUCAGGACGCCAUGCGGGUCUGCAACCCGAACAUCAAGACGCCGUUCCAGUCCCUCGAGGACGCCGUUAGCAGGUUAUUGCCUUACCAUGUUGUUGCCGACUAUGAGGCUGAAGAAGAUGACAGGAUCCUUGACAGCGAUGCAACUGGCCAGAUUCCUUCUCGCCUUCAGCAAUGGGAUCAUAACAUUCUGGUAAAGAUUGCUGAGUUCACAACAACUUUUGAGAAGCAAGUGUUGGCAUACAACAUAAUGACCAAGAAAAGGGCCAUUGGCGAGUUCCGAUCGGAGGAGCGUCUCAUGCUCGAGCAGGCUUUGUUACAGGAGGAGAAGCAGGCUACCAUGGAACUAAGAGCCGAGAUAGAAUUGAGGGAGAAAGCAGGCCGUGAGGCUGCUGAAGCUAAGAUGCAUAUGGCAAUGGCUGAGCAUGCUCGAGUGGAGGCCCAAGCACACUCUGAUAUGAUUGGUCAGGGCCCUUUGAGGGCCAAUGCUGCUGCAUCCCAAGGUGACGAUGGCCCUAGUCAUGACAUGGCACAAGAACAGGGUGAAGAUGGAUGGGAAAACGCCCAAAGGGAUGAUGAUGAUCCCUCUGAGGAUUUCCUCAACGAUGACAAUGAUCCAGAGAAUGAAAACUCUGAUAUGCAAGAGGACUGGCGUCAAUCGGGGGAAUUUGAUCUAAAUUCUAGGUAAUACAGGUGAACUGAACUUGAGAUAAGGCUUUGAUGAUGCAGCAGCUGGUGCCUGACAACUUAUCUGUACCUCUCCGAUUGUAUGAUUUGAAGAUAGUAUAUCUCGUCUUCAUGACUAUUUAGCUACUCAAGUCUUCAGCAAUGUCUAUAAUGUUGAGAUGGCAUCUGUAUGUUGUAAAGCUAACUUGUAGAUGUGCUUCCACGCAAAUGAGCAAAGGCGGUCUAGAUGCCAGAAUCUGUUUUCCAAUAUAUGCUGUUAUUUUUCUUGAA